AUGAACUUUGGCCGCGGCCCCCCGGUGGUGUUGAACGUCGGGGGCACCCGGUACUCCUUCUCCCGGGAGGUGCUGAAGGAUUUCCCGCUGCGGCGGGUGAGCCGCCUGCACGGCUGCCUGUCGGAGCAGGACGUGCUGGAGGUGUGCGACGACUACGACCGGGAGCGGAACGAGUAUUUCUUCGACCGGCACUCGGAGGCUUUCGGCUUCAUCAUGCUCUACGUGCGGCACGGCCACCUGCGCUUCGUGCCGCACAUGUGCGAGCUCUCCUUCUACAACGAGCUGCUCUACUGGGGGCUGGAGGGCUCCCACCUCGACUACUGCUGCCAGCGCCGCCUCGACGACCGCCUGGCCGAGUCGCGGCCCUAUUACUGCCCCGAGGAGCCGGCGGGGGACGCGGGCGGCGACCCCCGGGCCAAGGGGCGGCGGGCGGCGGGGGGCGAGGGCGGCAAGUGGCUGGAGAGGAUGCGGAGGACUUUCGAGGAGCCCACGUCUUCCCUGGCCGCCCAGGUCCUGGCCACCGUCUCCAUCCUCUUCGUCAUCGUGUCCAUGGUGGUGCUGUGCGCCAGCACCCUGCCCGAGUGGCGGGCGCCGGAGAACCGCAGCGUGGAGGAGCAGAGCAGGUACACAGCAGAGUCAGUGAGGGAGCCCUCAGGGAUAAUUGAAGCUAUCUGCAUAGGCUGGUUCACUGCAGAGUGCAUUGUGAGGUUCAUCGUUUCAAAAAACAAGUGUGAGUUUGUCAGAAGACCUCUCAACAUCAUUGAUUUACUGGCAAUUACUCCUUACUACAUCUCUGUUCUAAUGACAGUUUUUACAGGGGAAAACUCGCAGCUUCAGAGGGCUGGAGUCACCCUGAGGGUCUUAAGAAUGAUGAGGAUUUUUUGGGUGAUUAAACUGGCUCGUCAUUUCAUUGGCCUUCAAACACUUGGUUUGACUCUGAAGCGUUGUUACAGAGAGAUGGUGAUGCUCCUUGUCUUUAUCUGUGUUGCUAUGGCAAUUUUCAGUGCACUUUCCCAGCUUCUUGAAAAUGGGCUGGACUUGGGAACAAAGAAUAAGGAUUAUGCCAGCAUCCCUGCUGCUUGUUGGUGGGUGAUCAUCUCUAUGACCACGGUUGGUUAUGGUGACAUGUGUCCCAUCACUGUACCAGGAAGGAUUCUCGGAGGAAUUUGCGUGGUUAGUGGCAUCGUUUUACUAGCCUUGCCAAUCACCUUCAUUUAUCAUAGCUUCGUGCAGUGUUACCAUGAGCUCAAGUUCCGGUCUGCUCGGUACAGUAGAAGCCUCUCAGCUGAAUUCUUAAAUUGACCAAACU